GUUUGCACUGCUUCUCUUUGCUGUCUUGAUUCUUUGCUUGUUUGAGCUUUGUUCUUCUGCAUAUCCAGCAUGGCGAUCAAGAAGAAGCCGACCUCUGAUCCGCGGCGGAAGCAUAAGGUCUGUCUUUUGUUCUCCAGGUUGUAUAGCUCCCGGGCAUGGCUAACAUCUUUCUGUUCCCGCAGUUCUUGUCCUUCCGUGAGCGCGUCGAUAAUAUCAAGAUCGACCCCCUAAGACGCGCAAAAAGACAUGAAGAUAUCGGCGAUAAAGAGACGGAAUCAUUCUUCCACGUUGCUUUGCAAACCUGGAGAGAUCUCAACAGCACAAAAUGUUUUACCGAUUUCCUGCACCAUGUGGCGCCGAUUUCACAGUCACUUCCGCAGGUGCUAUAUCACAAGUCUGAGAUCUUUGACCGGUUGAUCACCGCUAUAGCCGAGAAGGAGAGAUUUGCUUUACAGCCUCUGCUAGAUCUACUGGUUCAAUUUGCUCACGAUAUCGGUCCGGACUUUGAAGAGUUCCUGUCGAGAGCGAUUACGGUCCUCAUAACCGUCGCCACGCAUGAGGAGCUCGAGGUUGUUGAGUGGACUUUCAACUGCUUGGCAUAUCUUUUCAAACAUCUGUAUAGAUUCUUGGUUACCAAACUGUCUGACACAUUUGAUCUUAUAUCGCCCCUCUUCUCGCAACAAGAACGUCGCCCCUACCUCUCCAGAUUCGCCGCCGAGUCCUUUUCCUUCUUCCUCCGCAAUGCCAAAUCAGUCGAUCUCUUUGUCGACCACGCCUUCGAGCAGCUCUCAAAGUCAAACUCGAAAAACUUCGAGGCGGCAAUGAGUAUCAUGUUUGCCGAAGCGCUCAAGGGUCCCGAUGCUGCGCUGCAUUCGAAAGCGGGGAAACUUGCUCGGAAACUGCAGGAUUACUGUACGGUGGAGCAGCAUGAGAAGGAUUUCUUUGUAUUUUUGGAUAUUAUCACUGAUGUCUUGCAUCAUGUGAACAACACCACGUCUGAGGCGCUCUAUGAAUCACUAUACAAGUGGAUGAAGAAGCAGCUCAAAAAGGAUGACGUUACAGCCGAAAAAGUAUGGAUGAUCACAAAAGAGAUGUUCCUACUGACUGGUUUACGACGCGGCAGCCGUGUUCCAAACUGGGACGAAACUCUUGCUGUCUAUCGCGAAAUUUGUCAGACAAUCUCGCGUUUGCCGCGCUCGGAAGCUCGGGGUCGUGCUUGCUGGGAACUUUGCAAGCUCACACAGUGUCUGCUGCAAUAUAACGACGAUAUCGAAGAAUCUGUGGCAAGCAGGAUCAUUGAGACUAUUUAUCUUCUAGACGAUGGCGAAUAUUUCAUCCCGUUCUGCGAUUACAUUAUUGAUCUCAGGACAAAGAAUGACAUGACGAGAAUCGUUUGGUUGUACCUGCAGCGAUACCUCGACGGCGUCAAGUCGAUGAACGAUUACACUGUUCUCGCAGUUCUCGAAAUCUUGAAGAAGUGGUGGUCGAUUACGGGACGAUCCGAUACCGACGCUCCGAUCAAAGGAAACCAACAUCUCAGAGACUCGUUGCUACAAUCAGUCACCAAAACCUCUGGACUCAUUCGUUCAGGAGAAGCUAGUACCGCUGAAAUUCUCUCAUUGCUGCCUCGCUUAGAACUGUUGAACCGCAUUUUUAACUCCACUGUCGAGACCAAGGACUGUAUUCUGGAGCUGGUAAAAUCUUUCAGUGAGGAGAGUUUGGAACUGUCAGAUUCAUUGAUCAAAGUAUACGGUAUCGCACUUUCGUUGCUGGCGAACUAUCUGCAAAAGUGUUCGGAUGAUGCAUUGCUCGAGGACGUCCUCGGUGAGGCUUACGAGAGAGUGGCUGCGAUGAAGACGAAUAAGCAGUUUAUCAAUGGAUUGGUUGCAGUUGUGGAUUUGUCUAUGAAAUCUAAAUCCAUCUCGCAGCACGAUAGCGUGCAGAAAAUUUUCCAAAAACUAUCAGCAGACUUUGAAUCACCUCUUCGAUCCGUGAACCCCGGCAUCCGUCUCGAGUCCCUCAGACUUCUUCAAGUUCUGUCAGGCUCUUCGGACGAAGCUUCUUCGGAAAUGCUGAGUCUCUGUCUGUCGAUUGAGGAAACUCCGUUUGAGCUUGCUACCGCUCGUACUUUUUCAAUGAAUAUCAGACGGAUUGCGUUGGAUUUCCCUGCGCUGACGGGCGAGAGAUUGAAACUUAAUGUUCUGUCCUAUACGUUUGGCCUGUUGACUUCGCAAUUCCAGCCCGUAUGGACCGAAGCCGCCGCAACGCUCGCAAAGCUCGCGCAAAACAACAGGGACAAAGUCUGGGACCUGAUAUACGAGGGCAUCACUGCCGCGGCUCCGGAAGUCAGCUCGAAGAUGGACUUGGAGUUUUCAUCGCUGGACGACUAUGAUCCGUCGUCAUCGUAUGAGUUUAAAUGCACGCAUGUGCAGUUUCUGAAUACCAAAGGUGCUGAGGUUGUCGCGAGGAAGAUGAAUCCGAUGAGGAUCCUGCAGGAAUUUGACGAGAAGGACACGUUCACCUCAAAAAUCGAUCGCGAUAUCAUUCGGCACCGCUGCUUCGAAGUCCUCGCGAAUAUCAGCAAGAUCGCCGAAAAGCGAAGCUCUGAUUUGAUUCCUCUGUUCUAUUCCUGCAUCGACGCUAUCGGAAGGAAUAAAUCUCUUCUUCUCGAUAUACUCAAACUCUUCUCCAAGUUUAAUAACCCAGCAAAAUCACUUGACUCUGAUAACGUUUACGACAACCUGGUUCGUUUGCUAUCGAACCCGGACUCUGAUGUCCAGAAAGCUGCGUUGAACUGUAUAUUCGCAUUCGGUGACUCGGCGGUGAAUCUCUACAAGGAUAAUCUUGAGAACUUACUCGGUGGUCAGGUGUUUAGAGACGAGAUCAACAGACUGCUGUUAACGAACGAGGACGGCGCGAUCAUCACAGCCGAGCACGCGCCGUCGGUUAUCCCGCUGAUUGUGCAUAUCCUCUACGGCUCAGCCAUCGGCCACAGCGGCAACAACAGCAAAGCCAAGAGCGCGAACCGCACGACGAUUAUCUCGACGAUCGGCGGGCUUUCGGACGAGUACUUGCUCAUGUUUGUCGGUCUUGCGUCGGAGGGAAUUCCGCAGCAGUUUAUGAUUGACUUUUCGACUGAAUCGCCGAGUAUCCCUGACUACUCGCAGAUGGAAAUCGGACACGGGCAUCUUCGUCGGAUCUCGGGAUUCAUGACGAUGGCGGAGGAUAUGCUCAGAUUGCUUAAGGAUAAGGUAGGCAGGGCUGGCGACGUGCUCUUGCAGGCUGUUAUCUCGUGCAUUGUGUAUUGCAGAGAUAGUCUGAAGGCUGGAAGCCUACCGUCCGAGAACUUGACAAUCAUUCGCUCGAUCAGAAGUGCUGGGUUCAAGUGUCUCCACAUACUGUUCCAAGACGUGCACUCUAUCGACUGGAACAAGUAUCAGCGGGUUAUUUUUGAGGAAGUGAUCAUGCCGCGAAUGGAAUUCUUCAAAGACGAAAACACGGGCGAAGUCUCGCCUAUAUUCAAAUUGUUUUUGGUCUGGAGUUCCUCAGAAGGAUUGGUAGGCUUCUUGUCCUACAACGACACAAUCAUCCCGCAGAUCCUCGCACUCAUGGAAUCCACGACGGCCAAGGAGCCAGUAUAUCUCGCGACGGUUCAGUUUAUGGCUAACCUGAUUGGGUUACAAGAAGAUACAACUAAGAAGGGUCUGAAAAACUCGCUUGAUAGUCUCAACAGAAAGACUUUGGAGCUGUUCCUCCCUCGCUUUGUGAAGGUUCUGUCGGGGUCAAGGUCUCCUGAACUGGUACAGCUAAGCGUGAGCGUUCUGCGCAAGAUUCUCGCAAUCUUUGGAGAAUACAUUUUGCAGAACGAGGUGCUGCUGGAGCAGCUUGUCGAUGUGUGUCUUUCAGGAAUCACUGCCUGGGGGUAUCAAUCGCAUCACAUCAACGACGUGUUUGACGUUCUCGCGACUCUUAUUUCCGCAAUGUCAAGCGAAAUCCUGCUCAAGAAGAGCUACGACGAACUCAGUCCUCUUCUUCUGACCGUCAAAGAGCGGCACACCCGCGCAUCCCUAAUCAGCAUCUUCUCAGCCUUGGGCGCCAAAAACGACAGCGUCAAGCUCGUCGCCGACCUCCUCGUCGAGCUCAACUCGUACGCAAAAGUCCGCCUCGACGAGCUCGACUACGACCGGCGAUUUUCAGCGUACGCAAGACUGAACGUCGAUCUAUGGAAGGGGCUGAGCUAUGUGCAGUGGCGACCGAUCCUGUACGAAUCGGUGUUUUGCAUUGCGACGUGCGAGGAGAUUGCGGUUAAGAAAGCGGCGUCGUCGACGAUCAAGCAAUUCGUCGAGCGAACAGAGACAAAAGCGUCGUCCGAGGAUCUUGACAGGGUUGAGUUUUACUCGCUGAUGGAGGCGAUUGUGAUUCCCGGCCUUCGUUCAGGAUUACGUUCGGAGAACGAGUUUACGCGAAACGAGUAUCUUUUGAUUUUGAAACUUUUGGUGCAGAAACCGCUCGCGUUCCCCAAAGUCAAAGAGCUGGAAGUGUUGCUCUUCAACGGCGACGAGGAAGCUGAUUUCUUCAACAACAUCGUCCACAUCCAAUCGCACAGACGGCAGCGAGCAAUCUACCGUCUCGGACAGAUCGCGCUGACGCACGACCUCGGCGACUACAACAUUGCGCAUUUCUUGCUCCCGGUUAUGGAGCACUUCCUUCGGGAUGUGACGGAGGCUACGUCCGGCAUGGCGGAGGAAGCUAUCAGCACUAUCGGCAAGCUUUGCAUGGGUCUUUCGUUGACGCAGUAUCAGGCGGUCGUGAGACGGUGCGUGAUGAAUCUGGAGAAACAGCAGGAGAAGAUCAAGUUCCACGCGCGACUUUUGGAUUCGGUGGCCGAGGCUACGUACCUGCGGUCGCAGCUCGGCGAGUCCGCGGAAGUCCAGUUGAAGAAAUUCAACUCGCGGAAGCUGGACGUGUUUCUCACCGGCGAGGUUGUUCCAAAGCUGCGAGGAAUCCUGCGGCUGACGGACGAAAACAGUCUUGCUGAUCGGGUGGGCAUCACGUCGCCGUUGGUGAAGUUUCUGUCUGGAACUUCGGACGAGACAUUGACGAGCAAUCUCGCAAACGUCGUGCUCGAACUCUCGCAGCAUCUCAAGCACAGAUACCAAGAGAUUCGAGACUCGGUCCGUAAAGUGCUAUCGAAAGUGUGUCUUUUGGUCGGCCUUACGCAUCUAAACCUCAUUCUCAAAAACAUAAAGUCCGUGCUAACACGAGGCUCGCACCGACAUAUCCUGUCUUACUCCGUGCACAGUUUCCUGAUCGCGCUGAUGGCGACGCCGAUGAACAAACACGGCGCGCUGGACGACAGCAUCGAGAUCCUGAUGGACAUCUGCAUGGACGACAUCCUCGGCGUCAGCGGCUCGGAGAAGGACGCGGAAGGGUACGUGAGCAAAGUGCGCGAGGUGCGGGAAAACAAGAGUUACGACUCGAUCGAGAUUUUGGCGACGAAUAUCUCGGUUGAGAGGUUCGGCGACUUGCUCGCGCCUGUGCGGAGGAUCUUGAGCUCGGAGUUUGUGAAUCUGAAGACGGAGAAGAAGAUUAACGAGGUGCUGAGGCGGAUGAAUAUUGGAAUCUCGAUGAACGAGGAAGGGUGCACGCAUCAGGUUAUUGCGUUUUGCUUGCAGAUCUGCUCUGAGGAGGUCAAAGAUACCGACAAUCGUCCUGCUAUUUCCGAGAAGGAGAAGCGGUUCUUAAUCUCCCAGGCGGGAAGGCGACAGAAGUACACGGCGCAGAACCUGCACUACCUGCAGCGGUUCGCCCUGGACGUGAUCAAAAACUGUCUGCGCAAGAAUCGCGAGCUGAUCGAGGCGUUCGAGCUGCAGGAGUUUGUAAAGUCGCUGACGCCAUAUCUGACUUCUGAUCAUGAGGAUAUCCAGCUGUCGUCGCUGAAGCUGUUGACCACGGCCGCCAAGUACUCGUCGCUGCUGCAGAAGCUGGAUACGAGGUUCUUGUUUACGUAUGUGGUGGGGAUCAUCCAGAAUUCGCCGUCGACGCAGGCCGAGGCUUGUCAGACUGGUCUCAAACUGCUGUCGUCGCUGAUGCAGAAGAAGAAGUACACGGAGGGCGACCACAAAUCGAUUGCGUACAUCAUCCAAAAGAUCUACAUCGACCUAGUCGAGCCCGACAAGCAGACGCACUCGUUCUCGUUCAUCAAAUCCGUCUUGCUGCAAAAGCUGAUGAUGCCCGAGAUUUACGAUGCGCUCGACAAGAUCCGCGAGAUUAUGGUCAACAGUCCGUCGAAGAACACGCGGGAGGUGUGCAAGUCGCUGUACUGCCAGUUCUUGAUGGAGUACCCGCAGGGCCGCGGACGGCUGAACAAGCAGAUGCGGUUCCUCGUCCACAAUCUCAAUUACGAGCACGCGUCGGGUCGCGAGUCGGUGAUGGAAGUACUCUACGUGCUGCUAUCGAAAUCCAAAGACGACUUUGUGCAGACCAUAAUCGAGACGUUCUUUGUCCCGCUGACAAUGACGCUCGUCAACGACGAGUCUGAGGAUUGCAAGGAGAUGGCGCUGCUGCUGUUUAGAACUAUUGUGCAGAAAGCAAACGCGGAUAACUCAGAGGCGAUGCUGCGCAGUUGCGUUGAGUGGAGCAGUCAGAAGGACACGGCUGAGCUCGUUGAGGCUGCGGCUCAGAUUAUGGAGAUUCUCAAGGAAUUUGGAAAGGGAAAAUAACGAGCUCUUGUUAAGCUUUCUUGGCUGUUCAGUUAAGCAGCGAGCAGCAAAGCGACAAAGCGACCGGCGGAGUUUAAUUAUUCUAAAUUCCGCAUGACACAUUUCUUGGCGCGGAUUGUGUCUUAUCGGCUUAUCUUUUGGUUAUUUUCUGUAGGAAAAGUUGUGCCGCAAUGCAUGGAGUUCAGAUGAUAAGAGACUGCUGUAUAGAUAGAGAUGGAUGUUUAUUGGAUUUUUUGAUAUAUUUGAUGGUGAUAAUAGACGAAUGCAUACAUAACCCA